AGCCAAUCCAUGGGAAGGAGAGCGUGGCUAGCUCAGCCCUGCGGAUCCCUCCGCCCGCGUUUGCUGUGCUGAGGCCGAGGUAGCCGCCAUUUUGGAUGCUGAACCUUGAUUCCGGAGUCUGUCCCGGUCGUUUUCACGCCUGGAUUCGGUCUGGAGGAAUAACACAGCAUGCUGGGCUCUGGAUUUAAAGCUGAGCGUUUACGAGUCAAUUUGAGAUUAGUUAUAAACCGUCUUAAACUUUUGGAGAAAAAAAAAACGGAACUGGCCCAGAAAGCAAGGAAAGAGAUUGCUGACUAUCUGGCUGCUGGGAAGGAUGAACGAGCUCGCAUCCGAGUGGAGCAUAUUAUACGAGAAGACUACCUUGUGGAAGCCAUGGAGAUCCUGGAACUCUAUUGUGACCUGCUGCUGGCUCGGUUUGGCCUCAUCCAGUCAAUGAAGGAGCUAGAUUCUGGUCUAGCUGAAUCUGUAUCUACACUUAUCUGGGCUGCUCCUCGACUUCAGUCAGAAGUGGCUGAGUUGAAAAUAGUUGCUGAUCAGCUCUGUGCCAAGUAUAGCAAGGAAUAUGGCAAGUUAUGUAAGACCAACCAGAUUGGAACUGUAAAUGACAGGUUAAUGCACAAACUGAGCGUGGAAGCCCCACCCAAAAUCCUGGUGGAGAGAUACCUGAUUGAAAUUGCGAAGAACUACAAUGUGCCCUAUGAGCCUGACUCUGUGGUCAUGGCAGAAGCUCCCCCUGGGGUAGAGACGGAUCUUAUUGACGUUGGAUUCACAGAUGAUGUGAAGAAAGGGGGCCCUGGAAGAGGAGGAGGAGGGGGUGGGUUCACAGCACCAGUUGGUGGACCUGUUGGAACAGUGCCAAUGCCUAUGCCCAUGCCCAUGCCAUCUCCAAAUACUCCUUUCUCAUACCCGCUUCCAAAGGGACCAUCGGAUUUCAAUGGAUUGCCAAUGGGGACUUAUCAGGCCUUUCCCAGUAUUCAUCCACCUCAGAUACCAGCCACUCCCCCAUCGUAUGAAUCUGUCGAUGACAAUGCUGAUAAGAAUGUCUCUUCUGCACAGAUUAUUGGUCCUGGACCCAAGCCAGAAGCCUCUGCAAAGCCCCCUUCCAGACCUGUGGAUACCUACGACAACUUUGUACUACCAGAGUUGCCAUCUGUGCCAGAUACACUACCAACCACAUCUGCUGGUGCCAAUACCUCAGCAUCGGAGGACAUUGACUUUGAUGAUCUUUCUCGGAGAUUUGAAGAGUUGAAAAAGAAAACAUAGGCCUCUUAAACCAGGCAAGUUUGGGAGUUGAGACCGAGCAGUUUCUCCUUGUAACAAAGAAUCUCCAUGAAAUUCCGUUUCAUCUCUUAACCAUUACGGAGCACACUCUUCCUCUGGGCUCUCUUCCUGCUCUACCAAAUUCUGCUGCUUUCCAGUUCUUUAUUGCUCCUAAGAGACGAACGACUGAAGACACUAUGAGGCCGAAGCAGCUGUCUCCUGUGAGCUGUGCUUACCCGUUUCCCAUCAGUGAGAUCCCAGGUUCUCGCCUCACCUGUUCCACCAUCCCUCCACAGGGGAGUGAGAAGGUAAAAGCAUUGUGGGAAAAGCUGCCAAAGAUGGCUGGACACUGGAAGAGAGUACUUCAUGAAGUAUCCCCACCUCGUGCUGAGGUUCUAGACUUAGAAACAGUUCUCUCUGUGUAGAGGGAUUUGUGGUGAGUGAGAAUCAAGGCCAAGGUGUGUAUUUUUUUCCACUCAUAUGAAUGGGAGAGAGAAAAUGACUCAGGAAGCCACUGUAACAGUCCUUGGAAGCUGGGUCCUCUCAUUGGCUUAUACACUACUCCUUGCUGCAGGGCACAAUUCCACCUGGGUCCAGUUUAUUUGGAAAGUUGAAGUCCUCUCAGUUCUGCUGGAUUCUCAGGGAGCCCUCUGUGGCCUUUUGCUUUAUUUGCGUGCUAUGUUUCCCUUUUACCAGAGGGCAGCACUGUAUAAAUUCCUGUUGUUCCCAUAGCAUGUUCUGUUAGACUGCAUUACUGAUGAAGGAUAAGUCACAUAUUGGGCACUUGUCACCAUUCAAGGCUAAGGUGGGCUUCCAGUUGCCUUAAUAAAAGUAUUCAAGUCUCUUGAAUAGUGAGCUGGAAAGCCUAAAGAGAAGAGGGGUUCCUGUUUUCAUUUGAAAACUUUAUAUGAUUAAGAGAACCUUUAAAAAGUGAUGUCAAGAUUUUGGUGCCCAUGUGGCUAGUUGUUUGCAGCUUUUCUCAAUGGAUGAGACUCUUACUCUUCUAACUUAUGUGCUCCUUUGUCCCCUAGCUAAGGCCAUCCUUUCCCACAGGUUUGGCUUUGGGAUCAGAAGAUAUGACUUUGGCUUCUGUUUAUCUGUACAUAUCUGUUUCAAGUAUCUUUUCUUUAAUGGUUCUGAUUGGUUUGUAUCAUAACUUAGUAGCUGAUAAUAAAGUUAAAAAUUCUGUGCCCUGCUUUCU